AUGUCUCCCAGAACAGAUGAGAAACGACGCGGUUGGUCUCUGUGUGCUGUUGUAGCUGUAUUUGCCUGUGUCAAACGCUUCCCAUUGGACUUUACCCUCCCGACGCUCCCAGCUGCGCUCGAAUCCGCGUUCACCAUCACCGAAGCAGUACUCAUAGAGGUCGGCUUUCGCCCGCUGCUCCUUGUGGUGGCCAGCCAUAUUGGGUUCAUGCUAUUCGUGAAAGUCGGUGCUCACAUGUGGAGUCGGCGCCACCCCGCUCGACCUGAGGGAACGCUCAUCUACCUCGCCGUCAUUGUCCUGCCCAUUGCCUUCAACUUCAUCGCUCCCCGCCUCAACAAGAUACCUUGGUUGAUAUACCAACUCGCAUCGGCAAUGGGAGCCUUUCCCACAGUAAACGAGCUCCGCGAGCACCUGAUACGACUGGACUGCUACGCUGCAGAUUCAUGGGCCAGCGAAGCAUACCAUCAACCGAUGAUUAUGGCACCAAUCAUUCUGCAUUCUGUGACACUUUUCGUCUCCUACGGGCUAGUCAAGCUGGUUCUCAUUGGCCAAUGUCUCCGAAAACAGCUUCUUUAUUGCCCACUGCUUUUCACCUUGUAUUGUGUAUGUUUCACAUUCAUCUGGGCUGCCGAUUUUGCGUUGUUGCUCGGACUUCUCCUCUGGGGUGCCCUACCAAGGCGAAGAUCCAUUUUCCUCCGCGCUAUCAUCUCCGCAUCCGCACGCAAGCAGGCUACAAAAAUUUGGGAGUCAAUAAUAGGAAAUCUCGAGGCAUUCCAACUGACUCAGCGUAUCGAGUUUGACCACUUGUUGUCAGAACGCCGAGCCGCGUUCAUCGCUGGCUUCAAGCAGUCAUAUCUCGGAUGGGAGGAGUUGACUGUGGCCUGCCGCCUGCUCGUCGUUCUGCCAGCCGCAUUCUUCUAUAUCCGAUUUGGCGUGGGCCAGUUAACACGAUCUUAG